AGCCCUGUGCCAGCGCUCAAGCCGCCUGCUCGGGUGGGCGAGGGCCGCCCCCCGGCGCUGCUGCAGCCAUGAACGCAGCCCCAGCGGGCGCGCGCCGGCGGCGGCGCGCCAGCGGCUGGGGCGGGCCCCGCAGGGGCGCGGCGCUGUUGAGCGCCGCGGCUGGCGCUGCCUGCGCCCUGCUGGCUGGCGGCGGCCCCUCCGCGUGGGCCGCGGGCGGCGGAGGCCGGCGGCGGGAGGUGCUGGCCGCCGGCGCCGCGGCGGGCCUCGGCCUGGGCCCCCGAGGCGCGCUCGCCGCCGCCUUCCUGCCCCAGGACAUCGGGUCCACGGAGGCGCCGACGGUGAAGAAGAAGAAGGUCAGCGCCGACAAGCUCCUGGAGUCUGCCUACCUCAUCAGCAGGGUGCAGGAGGCCACCGUGCAGCAGGAGAGGCUCGUGACCACGGGCAAGUUCAAGGACACCCAGCGAAACAACAUCAAGAUGGCCAUCAAAAUGAUGCUUGACAACUACAAGCUGGAGGACUGCAUCGUAGUCGCGUCCGCCACACUUCCCGCCGACAGGAGCUUCCAGGCCUCGCAGGUUGGCAAGGAGGCCGUCGAGUCGCUGGAGACCGCCAAAGAGUACUUCUCGGCUCCCCUGAAGGUGUCGGGGAUCACCGAGGAGCAGAGGCAGUUCAUCAAGGACGCCAUGCUGGCCACCCGCACGCAGCUGGAGCACGCCCUCGGGCGGCCAGGCGGCGGCCAGCGCGGGAGCAAUGCUCCGAGGGCGAAGGACAAGUUCCUGAAGUAUCUGCCCGAGGACGUGGUGCUGCAGGCCCGCAGGCAGGUCGAGGAGGAGAACGAGGCGAACAUGAAGGAGUUCGCCAGCGAGACAGGCGAAACGGCUGUGCUCAACCCGGUGCAGCUUCCGUGGAAGAAGGCCUAACGGCGGCCGCCGUGGCGCAUGAGCUGAGCGGGCCAUUCGCCGUGGGUGGGGCGCGCGGCCUGUAGAGAAGCUCUCUUGCUCUCUCCUCCUCUCC